CCUCUGUGUUUCUCUCUUCUUCUUUUUCUGCAAGUCAUACAGUAGUCUGAUAAACAAAACCCUAGUUGAGUUGUUCUCCUUCUUCCACCUCAAAAUCAACAAAACAAUGGCAGGAGAAGACAAAGAAACUUUAGUUCUAGUUGCAAGAAAACCUAGUUUCGGUCUCCCGACUGGUUGUCCUUCUUGUUUACCUGCUUAUUUUUAUCUCCGAUUUGCAGACGUUAAUUUCCAGCUUCAAUCCAAUCUUACUUAUCCUGAUUCAGAUCAAAUACCUUAUGUUGAGUGUGGGGAUUAUGUGGCCUUCAACAAUGAGAAAGGUGGAGUGAUUGAAAGUUUAAAGGAGGAUGGUGUUGUUGAUUUAGAUUCUGGACUUCCUAGCCACACUGUACCAGAAUGGUUGGCAAUGAAAGCAAUGAUUAGCACAUGGCUUGCAGAUGCUGUUAGUUUUGAGCUUUGGGUGGGAUCCGAUAGAAAUUCCGCAGAUACAAUAUAUUACUCUGAUCUUCCCUGGCCAAUUGGAAAGGUUCUCCACGUUAUGCAAACCUCCAAGGCAAAGCAGCUACUUGAAAUUACAAAGGUUAAUUCUCAAAGAAGAGAAACUGAGAUCUAUAGGAAGGCAACCCUUGCAUAUCAAGCAGUAUCAACACUAUUAGGCGAGCAGACAUUUUUCUUUGAGAACAGGCCAACAAGUCUAGAUGCAGUUUUCCUUGGGCAUGCACUUUUCACCCUUCAAGCUUUACCAGAAACAUCUUUGUUGAGAAGCAAGCUCUUGGAGCAUAGGAAUCUUGUAAGAUACUGCGAGGAUCUAAAGGGGAAGUAUUUGGAAGUAGUCCCAUCAUCUUCUUCAACUAUCCCCAAGUCCCCUUUCGACACUUCAUCAUCUUCGACGCCAAAAAGAGGAACCCGAUCAAAUUGGAGUGCAAAGCCAAAAAGCAAACCCAAGAGAGAAAAGACAGAAGAAGAGAAAACAUUCAAAAGAAGAGCCAAAUACUUCCUCGCAACUCAAUUUGUUGCUGUUCUGGUCUUUCUCUCUCUCCUUGGUCCUGGUGGUUCUGAAACCGAGAUGGAUGGUGAUGAUAUGGAGUAUGACGACUAAAAGCAAUCACAGUUUUCCACCAUACCAACCUUGUUGUGAAGUGACAGAAACCGAUUUUUCCUUUUGAUUUACCUGUUACUGAGUUGAACUUUUAGCCAGUAGUCUGAUAUUUUUGUGUGAUGCAUUUUUGUUUCUUCCGGAGUUUUCCUGUAUGGCCCUUUGAGCUGUGAAUGCAGGCAUUCACUGUCUAACCCUGCAUUUCUUCACAAACAUGGUGAAAUUUUGAUAUAACAUUUUAGUACAAACUCCAAUUUGGCCUGUCAAUAAAUAAAAACACAAUUAGAAAAAA